CCCCGGGCGCCGCCAUCUUAACCAGGACGGAAGCCGCGCGGGGACUUACGGCGCGCGCAACCCGUCAGAAACCGGAAGCGGACGGGGAGGCCCGCGAGAUCUGUGCUGUCCCGCCGCGGCCCGCCGGCCUCACGAUGGCUCAGGAGACCCGGUUGGCGACUUCCGCGCCUCCCGGUUCUCAGGCCCUUCUGGACACUUUGCUCCAGAACCUGUACGACUUUGGAGAGACAGAAGAUGAAACAGAAGAGAAAAGAGUCAGAAAAAAGAGAGAGAAGAAGAGAGGUACGGGGCCCCUGGCAGCUUUGGCAACAGAACCAGCUCCCCAACCUGAGUCUCUUGUCAGAGGCCAGAGGAAGAAUGCUGCCAGCUUCUUUCAGGAGCUCCGGGAAGAGCUGCAGGGCGCUCCUGCUGUGACCCCCAGUGGUUCCCCUGCGGGACCUGCUGGAGCUGCAGCAGCCUGCUCUCCCCCAAGGAAUGACAGGGAGCCAGUAGAAGUGGUCCAGUUUCACAGCCGAAGUAAAAAAGGGAAACAGAAGCCAGAUCAAGACGAGAACACAAAGACCAAAACUAAAGACCAAAACCAUCUUGAUAAAGAUGUGGAUAUACAAGAAUUUAACUUAGAAAAGGCUCGCUUGGAAGUGCACCGGUUUGGGAUCACAGGCUAUGGAAAAGGGAAGGAGAGAGUCUUGGAGCGGGAACGUGCCAUUAUGCUGGGUGCUCGGCCUCCCAAAAAUAGUUAUGUGAAUUACAAGGUUUUGCAGGAGCACAUCAAAGAAAAGAAGGCAGCAAAGGAAGAGGAAAAGAGAAUGGCCAAGGACACAGAUAUUUUCAAGAAAAAGAAGAGGAAAGGGCAAGAAGACAGGAAAUCAAAGAAGAAGAAGUCUGCUCCAAGUAUUUUGUCAAGUGGACGGAUUGGACAGGUUGGAAAAUUCAAAAAUGGGACAUUGAUUCUGAGCCAAGUUGAUAUCAAGAAAAUAAAUUCUUCCAGAGUGCCUAAAUGACGUUACUUUAUAAAAUAGAGAAAUGGGAAAGUGCCAAAUGGACUGAAACUGGACCCCUACAAGACUUCAGAUUAUUCUUAUUUAUUUUGUAUUUCAUAGACUGUUUUUUAUCUUAAGGAAAAAAAAUUGAAAUAAUGAAUUUCUAGCUGCUGUAGUAUGUGUUUUUUAAUGAUAACCACAUUGGGCCAACUGCAAUGUGAAUCUGAAGUCAAAUUAUUGAGAAGAAUGUUUAAUAUUCUCCAGUGAGGUUCACUCAGGUUUCACUUUCACUGGUGCCUUGUGUGUUUGCUUGUAGAUAUUUCAUAAUUUUACAGAUUUGUAGAUGCUAAUAAUUAGCUUAAAAUUGCUUUUUAAUUUUAUAAAAAGGUUUAAUCAUUAAAGAAUUAAGAAUGUGAUAAUUUAUCAGUUGUUUUGUGGGAAAAGCAGUUUAAAUUUUCAGCCUACCUAAGGUGUAUAAAAUCUACUUUGUAAGAAGCUGUGUAGAUACAAUUUUUUGGUAAAAAUGAACAUGACUAUUAAAAAACACGACCAAUAAGUUAAACAAAUGUUACCUCCUUCAAAGUCACCUCUUGGGGCAGCCACACAUAAAGUUUGGGGAACACAGAGGGGUGCUUCUCAACACUGGCUGACUCUCUUAAGUGGGUCAUACGUUGACUUGGAAGGCAUUGACACUGUUCAAAGUAUGUUUUGAACUGAAGCAAAAUUGGAAAUGUUUUAUUAAAUUAAAACACUGGAAGUACU